AUGUCUUCAAGAACACCCGAUCAGCCUAUCGUGGGUAUCAUUGGUAUGGGAGAUAUGGGAAGGAUGUAUGCCAAGAGAUUUGAAGAAGGCGGUAUCAAAACCAUCUACGUCUGCGACAAACCCGACUCUUACGCUUCUCUGCAAGCCGAUUACGCCAACUCGACCAUCACACCCCUCAAAGACGGCCACGCCGUCUCCCGACUUUCCACAUUCAUCAUCUACUCUGUCGAAGCCGCUGCCCUGCCAGCUGUCGUGAGAGAGUACGGCCCGUCGACGAGGGUGGGCGCUGUGGUGGCAGGUCAGACGAGUGUGAAGGCGCCAGAAAAGGAUUCGUUUGAGAAAUGGCUGCCGGAAGAUGUGGGGAUUACCAGUGUGCAUAGUUUACAUGGGCCGAGUGUGACGACGGAGGGACAACCUUUAAUCAUCAUACAUCACAGAGGUCCCCAGGGGAACGUCAAGAUGGUAGAGGACGUGUUUAGAAGCUUCAAAAGUCGAUACGUCUAUCUGAGCUACGAAGAGCACGACGAAGUCACAGCCAACACCCAAGCCGUCACCCACGCCGCUUUCCUCAGUAUGGGCACUGCCUGGCAAAAGUCUGCCGACUACCCUUGGGAGACCACCCGCUACGUCUCCGGCAUCGAAGUCAUCAAAGUCAACAUCACCCUCCGAAUCUACUCUGCCAAAUGGCACGUCUACGCCGGCCUCGCCCUUCUCAACCCUUCCGCUAAAACCCAAAUCCACCGAUACGCUCAAUCAGCCACCGAGCUCUUCAAGCUCAUGGUCGAAGGACGGGGAGAAGAGCUGGAGGACAGGGUGUGGAAAGCGAGGGAAGAUGUGUUUGGGUGGAAGCGCGGGGAAGAAGCUGGAGAGGGGGAUAAGACGAGGGCACCGAUAUUGCUGGGGGAGGAUGUGCUGGAUCAGUUCUCGUUGGGCAAGGCGCCAGAGCAGGGAAGGGAGAGAGCGAGCCAGAAUAGUCAUCUGAGUUUGUUGGCGAUGGUGGAUUGUUGGGCGAAACUUGGAAUCAGGCCGUAUGAGCAUUUGGAUGUGGCUGGUACGCCGGUGUUCAUGCUCUGGAUAGGUGUCGCCGAGUACCUCUUCCGUUCCCCAACCAUCCUCUCCUCCGCCCUCUCCGCUGCCCUCUCCGACCGUAUUCACCGCCCCGACGAUAUCGAGUUCGUCGUCGCUGCUCGAGGCUGGUCCGAGUGCGUCGACGUCGGCAACUUCGAGUGGUACAGGCGGAGGUUUGAAGAGACGUCGGAAUUUUUCGCGCCAAGGUUUGAAGAGGCGACACAGUUGGGUGGAAAGAUGAUCAAGGCGGUGCAGGAAGGGAGGAGAGAUAGGUCUUAG